ACUCUUAAUAAAUCCUGCCGCCGGAAGGACAUGGGGACGCAUCGAUAUUUGUAACGAUCUUGGCAUUAAAGUGAAAUGUCUAGAGAUUCUCCUACUACCUUGGGCAUAUAAAAAGAACAUCUUAAAGAAUUUACAGUUCUACAGAUCAUUUCUAAAGCUCAUUUGUAAACCCAGAAAUCAGCAGGACCUCCUGAAAUCCUUGAACAAGUUGAAUAGGUUUACAGUUUGACUCGACACGGCGUUAAUGUGUCACUGAAGGGCCAUGUUUGCAUAAGGAAGGUCGUUUGAUAACGCUUUACGACAAAGAGGAACACGUAACUACACUUCUCCAUCCAUCAAAGAACAUCUGGUAGACAAACAGCCGUUCCGAGAUCUGAGCUCUUGCGUUAACGGAGCUUGAAAACGCUGGUCAACGUGCACAACGGGCGUGUCCUGCGUGGUUUGUCUACAUCUCGGUUUAGAUCCAAUGGCUCUUACAAACACAAAAAGCACACACGACGCAGCACAAAGCUCCACACUGUCCUUCUUACAGGCUUUCUAACAUUUACGGCGCUCGCUCCUUUUAACAGCGAUCGGAUUCCGCCCGCCUUGCUUUGGAUAAAAGCGUCUCGAGGAAAUCGAAGAAGCUGAUUAACGGGAAAAGCCUGCUGAGGGGCGCAAAUGUUUUCCAUCUUCAAGCUGUGAAACUGCAAGAUGUAUUAAGGUGGUCCGAUGGCCUGUCUGUUUUGAUUGGUCUGUGUGCUCCGUCUCGCCAUGGCGCGCGCCCUUGGGGCGGUACUAAAGACGGUGGCUGGCGAGGGACAAACCCUGUUAAAACCCGUCUCCGGAGUGAGGCCUUUCAACAAGCAUCAAGCUCUCCAGCACUGUCCUGUACUGCGCUCCUCGUUUCUCUCCACGUUUGGUGCUGCGUUCUGUAAUCAAGCCGGUGUAAGGAUGCCAGAAAUAAACACGGAUAAUCUGGAUGAGAAGCAGGUCCGCCUGCUGGCUGAGAUGUGCAUCGUGAUUGACGAGAACGACCAGAAGACAGGCGCGGACACGAAGAAGAACUGCCAUCUCAACUCCAACAUCAGCAAAGGAUUACUGCACCGAGCUUUCAGUGUUUUCCUGUUUAACAGUGAAGAAAAGCUGCUCUUGCAGCAAAGAUCUGAUGCCAAGAUCACUUUCCCAGGGUGUUUCACGAACACGUGCUGCAGUCACCCUCUGUACACACCGCCCGAGCUGGAGGAGCAGGACGGCGUCGGGGUGAGACGAGCUGCACAGAGGAGACUACACGCUGAACUCGGCAUCCCCACACACCAGGUGCCUCCGGAGGAGAUGACGUACCUGACCCGCAUCCACUACAAGGCCGAGUCGGACGGGGUGUGGGGCGAGCACGAGAUCGACUACAUCCUGUUCCUGCAGAGGGACGUGGAGCUGCAGCCCGACCCCAACGAGGUGAAAAGCCACCUCUACGUCUCCAAAGAGGAGCUGAAGGAGCUGCUGGAGCAGGCGGAGAGAGGCCAAGUGCAGAUCACGCCGUGGUUCAGCCUCAUCGCCAACACCUUCCUGUUCACGUGGUGGGACAACCUACAAAACCUCAAACAGUUCACAGAUCACGAGCGCAUCCACCGUAUGUGAUCUCCACUGCUCCUUCAGAAUCAGAGAUCCACUCCAUCAUCCAAACAGAGAAGCUUCUAUUACUGCAAACUGUGACGUCAGUUUCAUCCAUGGACUGGUGUUGAGCUUCAACAUGCCUAAUGUACUUCCUAAUGUUCAGCAGUUAAAUGAUUUGAACGAAAUAUUAUAUUUUGGGGUUUGAUGGAUUGAAGGCUUGACACGUGCUGCCCGAUUAUUAUCCUAGUUAUUACUUACCGUAACUAAUAUGGAAAAAGAUGGUGAUAUUUUUCUCUGUAUAUAUUUCUCCAAGAGAAGAAUUUUGGAGACGUUAUUUUUUAAACAGACAAAUGGAGAUGCUCUGCUUCUCACCAGCAGCCGAGACUCUUCAUUUAAGAGUAAUAUAUGAAGCGGACAUUGAUGUUGAUGUUCACUGCGAAUAGUACUUAAGUUUACAUUCAUGUAAAAUAAAUUGUAAAUAAAUAAACGUAUUGAAUUGCC